CAUGGAGCUGGACGUAUAAGAAAGGUCCCGUCUCUCCAAAGAUUCCUUCUCCUUGUCCACCAGGGCCCAGGUAACGUCACCUAAAGACGACGCUUGUAUCUCCUCCGUGGUGCAACGCGGACGACAACGUGUUCAUCACGUGACCUCAGGGGCGCCAAGCCGAUGGAGUAAAAAAAAUUCCAAGAGUCACACGUCGUGGCAUGAAGACUUGUUCCACGUGUUUGGCAGCUUCGUUAUCGGCAUCGACAAUCUUCUCACGGGUGAAGGGCGAGCCGCUCUCCACCUCUGCACAGUCACAAGCGAGGCGAGAAGAGCGUCCCACACCCUUCUUCUCAACUCGCUCAAGAGCAUCUCACUUCUCUUCGAUUCCAGUCACUUUCGCCAUGGGUCUCUUGGUCCAGCGAACGGGUCGCUUGGCCCGUGGUCUGCUGAGGAACCCAACAUCGCCAGCGCAGACCUUGGCAAGGAGGGCCGUCGCGACACCCCUUCACCUCCCUCGUUCUGUACCCUCUUCUCCUCGUCACGUCUCGUCGCUGGCCAACAGUCAGGAGAAUGCGACGGAUCGGGAAACAAUCACCCGACUGCUGUAUUCGCUCGCCUCGCGCAAGGAGGUCGAGCGGUACCUUCGCAUCUUCUCGGCUGCCAACAAAUUCGCCGUCCUCAAGGUUGGAGGUGCCAUUUUGACGCACCAGCUCGAUGAGCUCGCCCUCUCCCUCUCCUUCCUCCACCGAGUCGGCCUUUACCCCGUCGUCUUGCACGGUGCCGGUCCUCAGCUGAACGAGAUUCUCGAGCGCGAGGGCGUGGAGCCCGACUACAUCGACGGCAUCCGAAUCACCGAUGCACGAACGCUCCGUGUCGCUCGUCAAGUCUUUCUUGAGGAGAACCAGCGGCUAGUCGAGAAGCUGGAGUCGCUGGGUUCUCGCGCCCGACCCAUCCCGCUGGGCACCUUUACCGCAUCCUACCUCGACAAGGAAAAGUACGGCCUCGUGGGCAAGAUCGAAAAGGUGGACAAGGAGCCCAUUGAGAGCGCAAUCAGGGCUGGUUGCCUUCCCAUCCUCACCAGUCUGGCCGAGACGGAGGAUGGACAGAUCCUCAAUGUUAAUGCCGACGUCGCGGCCAGCGAGCUGUCCAAGGUGCUUGAGCCGCUCAAGAUCGUCUAUCUCAACGAGAAGGGCGGCCUCUUCCAUGGCAAGACUAACGAGCUGCUCGAGACGAUCAACCUCGAUGAGGAAUACGACGAGCUGAUGAAGCAGGAAUGGGUCAAGUUUGGCACCAAGCUCAAGCUGCGAGAGAUGAAGGAGCUCCUCGAUCAUCUUCCUCGCUCCUCUUCCGUCGCCAUCAUCUCCGUCGACCAGCUUCAGAAGGAGCUUUUCACCGACUCCGGCGCCGGUACUUUGAUCCAAAGGGGCUACAAGCUUUACAAGCACGACUCGAUCGAAAAGGUUGGCGCCGAGCGGCUCCGUGACGCUCUCAAGACCAAUGACGACGAAAUCCGCGAGGGUCGCAAGUCGGUCGCUCAGUUCUUCUCGGAGCUCAGCCGAGAGCCGUACACCAUCUACGGAGACGAGCCCUUUGACGUCGUCGCCUUUGUCUCGCGACCGGAGGGCGAGGUCCCCAUCCUCACCAAGCUUGUCUCGACAAAGAACGGCGUUUUGAACAGCGUCACUGACAAUGUCUGGAACUCGAUCCGCAAGGAUCACAAGCGCCUCAUCUGGACCGCUCGCGCCGACGACGAGAACCGAGCUUGGCACUAUGAGAGGGCCGAUGGCAGCUUCUCGCGCAACGGUCGCAGCCUCUUCUACUAUGGCAUUCAGGACGUCUCCGAGGUUGAGCGAGUCGUUCGAAGUCUCGAGGAGAAAGCCCGCAUCGAGCGAGCUUACCUGCCACUUCACGCAGCCAAGCCAUCCAAGGGCCCCGACGCAGUCCGUGCCUUUUCGACCUGCGCCCGGAGACCUGCAGCCAGGGUGGCUACUGUUGAGGGAAAAAGGGGCUAUGCUACCGCCGUCGAGAGGAGCGGGCCUCUCCCUGCCACAACUUCGGAGCCCAAGCGAGUGGCCCUCAUCGGCGCUCGCGGCUACACUGGCCAAGCCCUCGUCUCUCUUCUGAACCAACACCCUUACCUGAGCCUCUCUCAUGUCUCGUCCCGCGAGCUGGCCGGUCAACGCUUGCCAGGGUAUGACCGUGAAGAGGUCCGCUACAGCAACAUCGGCGUCGAGGACCUCAAGAAGCUGGCAAGUGGCCGAGGCGACGGCCCACCUCCAGACGCAUACAUCAUGGCCCUUCCCAACGGUGUCUGCAAGCCCUUUGUUGAGGCCGUUCAGGAAGGCGGCAAGAACCAGCCUGGCGGGCACGCGAAGAUUGUGGACUUGAGCGCAGACUACCGUUUUGAGGAUGGCUGGACAUACGGCUUGCCAGAGCUCUAUUCUCGCUCGGCCAUCCGGGACGCCCGGCUCAUUUCUAAUCCGGGCUGUUAUGCGACGUCGAUCCAGGCUCUCAUCGCUCCACUUCUUCCCCACCUCGAUGCGUCCGCACCGCCGACUGUCUUUGGCAUCAGCGGCUACAGCGGCGCUGGAACCAAGGCGGCGCCAUCCGGCUCGACCGAGAGCCAGACGAAGGGCGCCACGGUGCCCAAGAUCUCGCCAGAAGACUUGCAGGGGGGUGUCCGCCCAUACAGCCUCACCGACCACAUCCAUGAACGAGAAGCCGCUCGUCACCUCGGUCGUCUGAACCAGGGGAGCAGCAGUAGCAGCCAGCAGGACCUUGCAUUCGUCCCUGCCGUCGCACCCUGGUUCCAGGGCAUUAUCUCGACGCUCUCUGCCCCACUCAACGCGAGCCUCUCGGCAAAAGACGUCAAACAGCUCUACCUUGACUUCUACCAGGGCCAGGGCCAGCUUGUCGACAUUGGAGCAAAAGUGCCCGAGGUGCACGACAUUGCGCUCCAGCAUGCCGUCAAGAUCGGGGGGUUCCAGGUCCACUCUGGCGGGAAGCGCGUCGUCGUCGUUGCUGGACUCGACAACCUGCUCAAGGGCGCCGCGACACAAUGCCUUCAAAACCUCAACAUCACCCUCGGCUAUGAUGAACUCGCUGGCAUCGUUGCGAAGUAAGAGAGUUUCCUAGUCACACUCAAAAGUCAAAUUUCCGCUCGCAAUAACAUAGAAUUCCCUCUGAUUUCCGAUUCAUGUCAUCUUGACAUUCGAGAAAUCCAUCUCGGGGUGCUGCUUCUUGAACUUCUCGAG